AUGAUACUGCUCCAGUCCCCAUCCAGGUUCCUACUCCAGAUCCUCAAGGAUCGCAUCGUCAGCGGCGACAAGGGCGUGGACAUCGAUUGCCACACGGUGGAGUUCGACGAUGUGCGGUAUCAUGUCCAGUUUUCAAUGAGGAAUCCGAAGGUAAUGGUGCUAUCAGUGGCAUUGCCCCUUGCACCUCCUGAGGCUAUUCUGUAUGACGGGCUUCCUCUUGGUGCUAUUGAUGCUAUAAAGGCGGCUUAUGGGGCAGUGGUUCAAAUUCUUGAUCCUCCAAAGGACUGCUUUGAUCUCACAAUGAAGAUAAACUUAACAAAGCUUCCGACAGAUGAAGAGCAGCGGAAUGUUGUCUUGACACAAAUUGCAUCUGUGAGAGAGGUUGUGCUGGGUGCACCGCUGAAGCUUCUGCUCAGGCAUCUAGCUUCAAAGACAGUGGCUCCUAACGUGGAUAAGCUGGUUGCCCUUGUUCACCGUCCUAAUGAAUCAUUCUUCCUUGCUCCCCAGGCAGACAAAGUUACGGUUGUAUACCCAAUGAGGUUCCAGGAUUCGAUUGAUAUUGUCUUAGCAACUUCGUUUUUGCAGGAAUUUGUAGAAGCAAGGCGGACUGCUGCACUUAACAAUGCCCCUUCCUGUAUGUGGUCUCCAGUACCACCUCUUGAGUUAAAAGGCGUGAAUGCUGAUGCACUUGAUGCAAAUGCUGGUUUUGUUACUUUUGUUGUUUUCCCUCGGCAUGUUGAGGGUAGAAAGCUAGACAAAACAGUUUGGAGUUUGUUAACCUUCCAUGCUUAUGUAAGCUACCAUGUAAAGUGUUCUGAAGGAUUCAUGCACACCAGGAUGAGGCGUAGAGUUGAGUCUCUGAUCCAGGCUUUGGACCGUGCUAAAUCCGAUGCAGAGAAGCUGAAGAAGUUGGUACAUGGCGGGUCUUUUAGGAGACUGAGCAUGAAGCACGAAGGCAACUCUAAUCACUGA